AACGAGUUCUUUAGCGGCCCACUUGAGAAACAGAUCACUCAUUCUCGAUCCGAUUUUAAGUUCAAGCGAAAUUCGUUAAAGGGACGAGCAAAGCAUCGCUUUGUGAUAUUGAAACCUGAAAUUGAAAAGAACUGAAAUUUGCAAAAACACAGGAAAACGGGAAAAUGACGAUGUUUCACUUCUUCAACUGUGCCAUUCUCACCUUCGGUCCUCACGCCGUCUACUACUCCGCCACUCCCCUAUCGGAGUAUGAUACUUUUGGUACUGUUAAAGCUGCCCUUGUAUAUCUAGGAACAGCUUUGGUUAAGCUUGUUUGCCUUGCAACGUUUUUCAAGUGUCUAAGAACGAUUGUUUUGACCUAUACCAGAGAUUUUUACACAGAGAUUUAUCUGCAUGGAUAACUUCCCAUUACAGACGAGCAUAUAUAGACUGCAUAUGAUGACUGUUC